UUUGAAGAUUUCAAAUCGUGUCGAGGCGUCAUGCGAGGCUGUUAGACCUUUUAUCUUCUGCUUUUUGAAGUCUUCAAAAUGGAGGAGGAGGAGGAGAAGUGGCACGAAGGUCCAACUGUGGAAGAUGUCCUUUCCUCAGUGCUCAAGAGUAAGAGCAAGUUUGGGAAAAUCAAGUUAUCACUGCCUCCACGUCCACCACGGAGAACAACUCCUCAAGUCAAAGAGACGUGUGGGGAUGACCUGCCAAAGGCAAAAACAGAAGAACUUCAUUCUCUACUACAUGGGAAGGACAAGGCAGGUUUUGAUGAAGGUAGCAGUGCCCAGGUGAAUACAGGAGAACUAAAUUCGAAGGAAAUCUCAGGAAGAGUCUCACCCCAGAACAGAGAGAAGUUAAAUCCCAAUAACUAUGGUAGACACCAUUUAUCAGUGUCCUCAAGCAAAAUUUUUCGCUCUGUUUCUACCCCAGAAAUGAGGGACAAAUUUAGUUACAAAGCUGCAGCUGGAGUGACAACUGCAGAAACGGUGAAACCUGCUGCAAGUAGACAAAUGAACUUCUCUGAAAUGCCCCAGAGUAAACAUGCAAAUAAAGAAAAUACUAACCCAAUCUUCGGUUGUCAAACUCUGGAGGGAAAAUGUAGUAAUACUUUAGAAUCAGUGUUCAAGAACCAACAGAUAAAAUCAUCAGAGAGAGGUAUGCAAAACACAAAAUACCAAAGUUUGCUUGCAGGAGAUUUUAAUCUGGGAGGAGCAAAAGCUGCUAAAGAGUAUAGUUUUGAAGUUAGCAACACAGGAGACACAGUGAAGGCAUUGCUGGAAAGGGACAUUUUAUCUAACACGCCUGUUGUUUCUCAGAAGGAACAAAUGAAAAGUGAUCACUUCUUUAAAAGCAUUGAUACAAAAGUUGUUAAAAGUUCUGAUCAGUUGAAUCUCUCACAGAAGUCAUUAUUUGCAAAAUGCAAUCAAACACCAAAUCAAAAAACCAUUCCACAGACCAGCUUGCCACUGUCUGCUUCACACUCAAAGGUUUCUCCAGAUCCUGCCAUUGGACAUGUAACACAGAGUUCAGCUCCAUCCCAAAAAGCUUAUUUAAUGUCAAGUAUUACAGCAACACCUAGACCAAUACCUACUACAGGAUUUAGUGAAUUAUCUCAUAAGUCAGAAGCUCAGCAAAAUAAGGAAGUGCCAGUAGGUCCCCACAGGAAUGUAAGUAAUGAAGAGGUCAGCACACGUGCAGGAUUAGCAAAAGACGGUACAGAUUCUGCGCAUCCAAAGCAUUCCUCAACAGUGCCACAACAGAGUGGGGUUUCCCAGGUGCACCAUAAUGCAGCCCAGUCUGUACUGUCAUCUCAUUCCAGUACUGCUGAUGAGUAUAGACAACCAAAAGUAUCAAAAGUUCCACAGACCAGCCAACCCAUGCCUCAAGGACCCACCACUAAGAAUAAAAGUCCCUCUGCCACAGUAGAGAUGAAGUCCAAAGAAACACCAGUCAUCAAUAGAACACAGCCUAGGCAGUUCCAGACUCCAUCAGGCCAAAUGCUCAGAGCAAUGCCUCCAACUCCCUCCAGCAAGCAAAAGCUGCAGCACAUGGAUCACAUUGUUGUCAAUGAUCAGGAAUAUCUGAAACUUGGGAUUGUUGGGCGAGGCGGAUCCAGCAAAGUGUAUGAGGUACUGGAUCUUGACACACGUAAAGUGAAGGCAAUUAAAGUUGUUGAACUUGAGGGUGUAGAUGAAGCUACUCUUCAUUCUUAUAAGAAUGAAAUAGACAUACUUCAUAGACUGCAGUGGUCUGAUAAGGUUAUUCAGCUGUAUGACUAUGAACUUAGUGAUAUUCACCUGAAACUAGUUAUGGAAAAAGGAAACAGGGACCUGGCAUCCAUCUUGAAUAGCGCUCGAGGUAAAAAUGCCAAACCGAUCUCACCAUUUACAAUCCAGCAUUACUGGCAAGGCAUGCUGUUGGCUGUACAGGCAAUCCACCAGGAAGGUAUCAUUCACUCGGACCUGAAGCCUGCCAACUUUCUACUUGUAAAUGAGACUGUAAAGCUGAUUGACUUUGGUAUUGCAUCUUCCAUUCAGCAAGACAUGACAAGUGUGAUUAAGGAUAGUCAGGCUGGAACCUUUAAUUAUAUGAGCCCAGAAUCUUUGUUGGAUGUGCAUUCAGGCCCAAUUAUCAAUGGUCGUUCUGGGGACCGUCCAACUAUUAAGAUUGGUGUGAAGUCAGAUGUUUGGUCAUUAGGUUGUAUUUUGUAUAAUUUGGUAUAUGGCCGUACACCAUUCCAGCAUAUAAGCAACCCCCUGCAAAAGCUGUCAGCAAUCUCUGAUCCUAAUACUAAAAUAAACUUCCCCGAAAUUGAGAAUAAACUCUUGUUAGAGGUGUUGCAGCUGUGCUUGCAAUUUGAUCAGCGAAAACGUCCUAGCAUCUCAGAGUUGUUAGAACACCCAUACCUAACAGCCAAGCCAGGGGAAGGUGAAACUCCAGAAAAGGAACCGCGCCUUAAGAACAUGCUACAGCAACUGUCGCAGCUCACCCCAAAUAGCUUAAGUAAAAUAACUUCGAUGAUGCAACAGAUGCAGUCAGAUACCAAGCCAGAGUUCUAAAUAUAUUUACUGGAGGAGUUUCCCACCAAUAUUCUGUAAAUAGGCUAACACAAAUAUAUAACCUAGAAGUGAUGUAUGUAUAUAUAUAUUCUGAGAAUUUUUUUACAGAGUUUUAGGCCUUUUUAUUUACUAGUUACGGACUAAAGUAGAAAGUAUAGCAUUGCUUAUCAACCAUAUAAUGAAUGUACUUUAGGUUGAAGGGAAAAAGAGCAGCAGCUUUGAGAUGUAUUCAUUUGCUUGAUUAAAAUGGUUUCAGUUUUAUGUUCUGACACUAGAGAUGGCAUAGAACAGGUCUUUGUAAAUUCUUAUGCUUUCUGGUGGCAAGAAAAAAAGUAGAUAUGCUCAAAUUAUUUGAAAGCCAGAUUAGAGUGAUGUUCUUUUUAAACUGUUUGUUAAUAAAAUAGGUAAUUAUAUAUAUCUUUUCCAUGUGGACAAAAUUAAAUAUUCUGUAAAAAAAAGAGGAAAUAUUUUCUUGAUACAACUAUAAAAUAAAUGCAAUUUCACCUGUAUAAAGAUAUAACUUGU